CGGCCGGGUUUUCUGUUUUUCAGUUGUUUUCAGCGCUCCAGUAGAACACACACGAUGGGACUGCGCCAUGUCAUUCUAGACUUCCUAAUUGUUGCUUCUUCUAUCGUUUUGGUACUGGGCAUUCCCACAUCCCUAGUUGACGAAAUCAAAUCAAGCGAGCUGAGAGACAAUAAAGUGAAACGUGCUCAUCCAUCAGAUUUACUAACAUCAGAAGAAAAUGGAGGCGACGUACCAUAUUACAACAAACCUUCGGCAAUCAAAAGAGGAACAAAUAUAAAUCUGAAAUCACCCCUGCCAGACCAACAAUCUUUAAACGAGUGGGAACGGGAGCAAUCGAUAUUCCGAAAUCAAGCCGUCUUGCCAAAUAUUCCCUCUAGUUUGUACAACUCUCCUGACGAUUCCUACGACGACAAAACCAUUGCAGAGUAUGAAAAAGGUUUCAGAUACGGCACAAAUAAGGACAAGAUUGACGAGGCCCUGGAAAAUGCUGUUUUGAAGUCUGAGCUAUACGGAGAGCCCGGAGCUAUUAAUCAGUAUAGAUAUUACGGCGCAGACGACAAAAAACGGAAGCGAAGGGAAGUUAAGAAAUUAAGAUUCGAUGGCAGGAUCAAGAGGGAAGUAGACCUGACCCCUGAGGAAAUUCUAGCACUCCUUUCACUGUAUGAAAGCAACCGUCAGAGGCAGCAGGAAAGCAACAACUACCGCCAACCUUGGAAUAGAUACGAACCCAAUUUCGAUGUCGACAUCAAUCAGGACGACUCACAAGAUCAAGACGAAGAGAACUGGUUAGACAACCCUGUUUUCCCACACGCUACCGGCUACGAUAAGGAACUUGGACCAAAGUAUAUGAUCGAUCAAAGCAAUUCUCAGAUGUUUGACAAGAAAGGCCGUUGGGGAGGUUUUGGAGACAAUCGAAAGAAACGAUUCAUGGUUUCCAAGAAACGCACCAAUGAUCCAACACGGGAAAUAAGAUAUUUGAACGGACCCAACAAAAACGACUUUUAUACUCUGUCUCAGCUGCUGAGCAACCAGAGAGAACCAAACGUACCAGUAUAUCAUCGUCUAGUUUUGUAAGAAAAUGCGAAAUGUCAUAUCACAUGCAUUUUACCUAAGUAUAACCAUUUAAACUUUGUUGUUUUAACAUUUAAAUCUAUCUGUGUUACAUAGGUAAUAUCGGUGUAUAUUUUCUGAAAUAAUAUGUUUCAAAUCAGUCAGUAUAAUAUAUGCAAUAUAUUUAUUAAAUGUUGUACUUAAUAUUAAUAAAUCAUGCAAAUUACAUGUUUA